AUGGUAUUCCGCUCCCCCCUAGACCUCUAUUCCUCCCACUUCUUGUUGCCAAACUUCGCCGAUUCUCACCACUGCUCCCUACUUCUGGCGAGUAGCGGCGGCGGAAGCGGUGCGGGCGGCGGCGGCGGCGGCGGCGCGGGAGGAGGCGGCGGCGGCGGCGGCGGGAACCGUGCGGGAGGCGGCGGUGCUGGCGGAGCAGGCGGCGGCAGCGGCGGCGGCGGCGGCGGCUCCAGGGCCCCCCCGGAAGAGUUGUCCAUGUUCCAGCUGCCCACCCUCAACUUCUCGCCGGAGCAGGUGGCCAGCGUCUGCGAGACGCUGGAGGAGACGGGCGACAUCGAGCGGCUGGGCCGCUUCCUCUGGUCGCUGCCCGUGGCCCCCGGGGCUUGCGAGGCCAUCAACAAACACGAGUCGAUCCUGCGCGCGCGCGCCGUCGUCGCCUUCCACACCGGCAACUUCCGCGACCUGUACCACAUCCUGGAGAACCACAAGUUCACCAAGGAGUCCCACGGCAAGCUGCAGGCCAUGUGGCUCGAGGCGCACUACCAGGAGGCCGAGAAGCUGCGCGGCCGCCCGCUCGGCCCGGUGGACAAGUACCGCGUGCGCAAGAAGUUCCCUCUGCCGCGCACCAUCUGGGAUGGCGAGCAGAAGACCCAUUGCUUCAAGGAGCGGACUCGGAGCCUGCUGCGGGAGUGGUACCUGCAGGAUCCCUACCCCAACCCCAGCAAGAAACGCGAACUGGCGCAGGCCACCGGCCUCACUCCCACACAAGUAGGCAACUGGUUUAAGAACCGGCGACAGCGCGACCGCGCAGCGGCGGCCAAGAACAGGCUCCAGCACCAGGCCAUCGGGCCGAGCGGGAUGCGAUCGCUGGCCGAGCCCGGCUGCCCCACGCACGGCUCAGCAGAGUCACCGUCCACGGCGGCCAGCCCGACCACCAGUGUGUCCAGCCUGACGGAGCGCGCGGACACCGGCACUUCGAUCCUCUCGGUAACCUCCAGCGACUCGGAAUGUGAUGUAUGA